AUGGCGCAUUUUCUACGAGGCAAACAGUCUGGCAUCCAUGGCGAUUUAAGCGCAGGCCUGGCUCCAGAGCAUUUUGUGUUGGAUGAUGUCGCCAGGUACGGCAUAAACUCUCGGAUUAGCACCCUUGCUUAUGAUCCUGUUCAGUCGCUCCUUGCUGUCGGUACCAGCGAAACGCAAUACGGGAGCGGACAAAUCUAUAUAUUUGGACAGGAGAGGGUGUCUGCCGUAUUCACACUCCCGCGCAAGGCUUCUGUUAAUAUACUUCAAUUUUGCACGGAUAAAAUUGUCUCUGUGGACUCGAAGCAUGAGCUUUGCGUAUUUUCUCUUGAGAAACGGACGAAGCUCGCCGCUUAUACCCCGCCAGGCCAUGUUACCGCUCUAUUGACGGACCCGAGUUUGGAGUAUGCAUUCAUAGGGCUACAAAGCGGCGAACUCGUUACAUACGACCUCGACCGCCUCAUGAUUGCUCCGUUCAAGCUCCCUAAUCUGUGGAAAGAGCGGAGUCCUCGGUCCAGGCUUUUGCCGAUCGUUUCGCUGGCUUUCCAUCCGCGGGACAUCGGAAAGCUUCUAAUUGGAUAUUUAGAGGGUGCUGUGACGUUCUCUAUUAAAAUGAAUGUUCCUCUCAAAUAUUUCCAAUACGAGGUUCCACCGGGUGCUCCUGGUGGAGACUCAGAUCCGUCAUCAUCUCGAGAGGUACGAAGACCUAGACUUACAAAGGCUGUUUGGCAUCCUACCGGAACCUUCAUUCUAACAGCUCAUGAUGACUCGAGUCUUGUGUUUUGGGAUCCCAAAGAUGGAAGAAUUGUGAUGGCUAGAACAUUAGUAGAUACCGAUGUUAACAAAGCCGGGGCAGUAGUAUCACCAAGUUCACCAGCAGGAACCUAUUCCCUAAAGGAGCCGAUAUUCCAAGUGGCAUGGUGUUGCAAGGAAAAUCCCGACGAUACUGGCUUGUUAAUUGCUGGCGGUGGGCCAACAACAGAAGUGAACAAACACUUAACAUUUUUCGAUCUCGGACCAACACCAAACUACCAGACCUCCUCAUGGCAAAUCCUCUCCAACCAUCUUGCGAAACCCAGACGCGAGACCAAAUUACCAACACCUCCAGCUGCCGAGGUUGUAGAUUUUGUCCUCAUUCCGCGCUCAACCCCUUUUUUCGCGAAUGCACAAGAUCCCAUCGCUGUGAUCACACUGCUCUCCUCUGGGGAAUUGGUCACUCUUAGUUUCCCCAGUGGCCAUCCAAUUUCUCCCACAAAUAUGCUCCAUUUGUCACUAUCCUUUGUUCACCCAUUUGUCAACAAAAUCGCUUUAUCAUAUGUUGACCGCACGAGAUGGUUAGGCUGGAGAGAGAAACGGACCCAUGGACCAAACAUUGUGAUUGGAGGCGCAGCCGCCAAAAAGCCGAUGAAACGGUAUGAAAAUCGGGAUAUUGUCCAGACAGCUCACGCUGAUGGCAUUAUUCGCAUGUGGGACUCUGGUCAUGAUGACCAUGUUGAAAAUCCCGCUACAAUCCAAGUCGAUCUCGCCCGUGCUGUUGGUCGUUUCCAUGACAUAGAGGUAUCCGCGAUGUCAUUGGCAGGAGCUGCAGGUGAAUUCUCAGCCGGUCUAAGGAGCGGCGAAGUGGCUAUUUUCAAAUGGGGUCGUAAUCCAAACGAGGGUCGGGAUUUACCCUUGGAAGGAAAUGACGGCCCCGGACGACUGACUGAUAUCUCCCGCAGAGCUGAUCCUGGACUCAAAGAAGGAUUUCUUCCGGUGGCCUUGUUGAACCAAGGCCAAGGGUCGGUCACUGCGCUUGAACAUAGCGAUGUUGGCUUCAUUUGCGUUGGGUUCCAGUCGGGCAAUCUUGCGAUCGUCGACCUAAGAGGCCCGUCAGUAAUAUUUACAGCAAACUCCUCGGAAUUGACUAAACCACAAAAGCGAUUGAGUCUUAGGAAAAGCCACCACUCCGCAUCUGAGGCAUCCGCCGAAUGGCCUACGUCCAUCAAGUUUGCAGUUAUGACUUUAGAUGGAGACGAUUAUUCCAGUAUUGUCUGUCUCGUUGGAACUAGCAAAGGAAGCUUGGCUACAUUCAAAAUCUUACCAUCAGGAGGAACAUACACUGUCUCUUUUGUUGGCUCUCGCAAUGUGGAUGAUAGGGUAUUGUCUAUCUGCCCUAUCAAUGCCGAAAACGGUGUUCCCGCUUUAGCCAGCCAGGAUGUUGUUGCCAAAUUAAGAAAUGGGUAUCAGGUGAACGGAGUUGUAAUUGCUGUGACUCCAUCUGGCUGUCGAAUGUUCAAACCUGCUAGCGCGAAGGGUGCUGAGAAGGAUUGGGAUGACUUCUUGUGUGAUUCCGCAACAGUUGUUAGAACUGAAGAGAGAUCCUCGCUUGUUGGUGUAUUUGGUGAUGGCAAGGCGAGGGCAUAUUCAAUCCCAGCCUUGAAAGAAAUUUCAUCUUCCCCAAUUGACAAUAUUCUGGACAUGAGAAGACUGGGCGAAGCAGUUAUUUCACCUUCAGGAGACGUGAUAGGCUGGACGGGCCCUUCAGAACUGGCUAUGUUGAGCCUUUGGGGCGCUGGAUUACCUCUACGCCGGUGUGAUGACGCGAUAUAUAACCCGGGGCUUUCUGCGCCUUCUCGCCCGACGAUUUCAAAUAUGCAAUGGAUAUCAGGAACACAAUACGUUACUCCAUCUGACAUGGAUCUGUUAAUCGGAGGGCCCGAUCGACCCCCAUCGAAGCAUAUGAUCGAGCAGAUGCGGCAAGAAGAGAUAUCCCGCCAAGCAGGGCAGCGCGGGCCGUCACAAGGCAACAGUACUGAUGCCUCGCAGACACCAGGUGCUUCUAAUGAGGGCUACUGGGCAUAUAUGCAGAGGCAGGUACAACAGAGGACAGAGAAUCUUAAUAUUAUGGGCGAUUCGAUAAAUCGGCUGGAAGAAACUAGUAGCGGGUGGGCAGAGGAUGUGAAUAAAUACGUAAAAAAUCAGAAGAAGAAAGCGGUACUAGGCGUCAUUGGCUCUAAAUUCGGAUUUUGAAAGAUUGCUGAUGUAGCAAUGUGUGGAUGUGCAGUUUCUUUACUAUACACGUACUACACAGCUAUCAUUAAAGCAACAGUUGACCUGUUCUUUUGAGGGAGAUUGAUUGCUUCAUUCCUGGAGCAUCCUACGCGGCCCCUUGCAGUUUUCUAACACUAGCACGACUACAAGAGCAAAUUUAAUGGAGAGCAGUUUCCACGAACCCGAGGCUGGCUAUCGGGAAAUAAAUAUUACGGACGAACUCAUCUAGUAAUAGCAAAUAUAUCUGCUUUCUGUGAUGCUCUUUGCUAAGCUUCAGGCUUCAAAAUUUAGAAUCCGUAGUGGGAACACGUGGCAAGGAAAAAGGAAACCUUGGAAAGGAAAUUGAAAUCUAAAUCAUUGUUAAAUUGU